UCGCGCAUACCAACAUUCCUUAUAGUCUCGACCAGUUAGCCGAUAACGGUCAGUUUACCGUGAUCCGUCAGCGCUUACAGGUCUUUCUUCAACCAUGAGGACCAGAAACAGAAUGCCGCCCUAUCGCUUCUGGGGCUCCAUAGAGGACGGGGCCAUUGAAUUCGAAUCUUUAACGGACGACACUCUCGAAGGUGCCCUGAACGUUAUAAGAAAUAGUUUCUUCAUCUAUGAGAGUGUUUGCAGGGGCGUAGAUCUUCUGUCGGAACCAGGUGCUUCAAAGGAACUUGAGGAACUCUGUUUGGACGCUGCCAAGGAUGGAAUCAGUGUUGUGGCUAUUGAUGUGGCCAAUGGUGAAGUUAUUGGAGUUGCCUUCAACAAAAUGCAGGUGCUUCAGAAUUCAACAGAGAAGAGUGCCUUUGAAAUAUUCAGUGAGAACUGCAAGUACGAAUCUUCAAAAGCUUUGGUUGACUUCAUGGUGAACGUAGACUCUAGGAUAGACCUCUUCAAGCACUACAAUACAGACUGCAUCUUUGAGAUCAUGUUUCUGGCGACAUUGCCUAGCAAACAAAAGCGCAGGGUCGGAGAAGUGUUGGUGUCUUCCUCGAUAGAGCUGGCUAAAGAACUGAAAAGGGGAAAAUCAGUGAAAACGCCUGUUACAGUUAACGGUGAUAAUAGUAUACAAAAUAAAGACGCGGUACCUAGUUUGAUAUCUGCGAUCAUGACUUCUAACUACUCUCAGAAGAUAAUGCAAAAGUGUGGAUUCGAGAGUUUGGUACGUGUCGACUAUGAAGAGUUCUCAUUUAAGGAGAAGACUUUCAGUGAAAGAAUAGGGAGCGAGCAUAAAAAUUGUGUUCUAGCUGCUAAAAGAUUAUGUUAAGUUAGCUUAAAGAUGAAUGUACUAAUUUAUUACAAAGCACUGAUAUUAUUAGCUGUAUCAAUGGGAUAUAUCAUAUAGAUUACAUAAGCACAUUUUGGAAAAUUGUACAAUUUACUUAUGUAAUAUGUUGUGAUUCAUAUUAUCAAACCUUAUUGACUAUAUAAGUUAUGAAUCAAAAUUCAAUAAGUAAAUAUCUGAGAAUACAAUGGGUAAAUGUCUGGAACGUUUACUAAUAUUUUAUGCAAUCAGAGGUAGCCUAAUAUUUGUACUUCUAUAAACAAGUAUUACCCCGUAUUUUUGUAAAGAUAUCUCUACACGAAUAAAAAGAAUGUUUUUAAAACUGUC